AAAAGCAAAAAAAAAAAAAAGAUAAAUACCGUGUGAACAUCCACAACCAUACACAGUGAUCCACAUAAACUCCACCAAUGACGUUAUCACAACCUGAGACGGCCACGCACUAUCUCCUAAAUAGUAAAUAAAGAUAUAUAGAGUUCCCCAGUGCACUCACACACUCACCAUCUCCUCUAUCAAUGGAUACCGUGGUCUUCUACCCGGCCCCCGGCAUCGGCCACCUUGCACCCAUGACCGAGUUCGCCAAGCUUCUCGUCGCUCAAGGCUUCUCCGUCGACAUCGCCAUCCUUCCACCUAUGUACCCCUCCGUUUCCACUUCCGAUACAGAUGACUACAUGACCCGCAUCUCCUCCUCCCAUCCUUCCAUCACUUUCCACCGCCUGCCACCAUUCACAGUCCACCAGUCUUCCACUCACAUCGCCGUCCGUUUCUUAUCCGAACUCCGCGCCGCUAACCCUCUUCUCCGUGACCUACUCCAGUCCAUCUCACAGACAUCCAACAUCCGCGCCAUCCUCACAGACUUUUUCUGCAUGGACGUUCUCGACGUUGCCGCCGAUCUCCAGCUACCAGCAUACGUCUUCUUCACCUGCAGCGCCUUCAUUCUUGCUUAUUUCCUCUACCUCCCCACCUUAUACAGCGAGAUGACAUGCGGCCCCAGUGAACUCGGAGAAACUCCCAUCCAUAUCCCUGGUGUACCACCUAUCCCAGCCUCUCAUAUGCCAGAUCUCAUGCGAGAUCGGGACGAGGGAUUGCAGACCUUUGUCAAUUUAUUCUCACGUCUCCCAGAUGCCAAAGGUAUCAUCCUCAACUCAUUCGAGUUUCUGGAGUCCAGAACACUGAAGACCGUACGAGGAGGACACUGCCUCCCGAACAGAGAGACGCCACCAGUGUACUGCGCGGGGCCGUUGAUCAAAGAAAGUGGAGGAGGAGGAGGAGAGAGGCACGAGUGUUUAACAUGGCUCGACAAGCAGCCCAAAGGAAGUGUCGUGUUCCUGUGCUUCGGGAGCAGGGGACGCUUCACGGCGGAGCAAGUCAAUGAGAUCGCAACGGGGCUGGAGAGAAGCGACCAGAGGUUUGUCUGGGUUGUCCGAAGCCCACCUGAUCCGGAGAAUCGGCUGGCGACUUCUAACGAGGUGGAUCUGGACACGCUUCUCCCUGUUGGGUUCUUGGAGCGAACAGAGGGUAGGGGAGUGGUGGUGAAAGAUUGGGCACCGCAAGUGGAGGUGCUUAACCACGAGGCAACAGGUGUCUUCGUUACGCACUGCGGCUGGAACUCGGUGCUGGAGGGGUUGCUCGCCGGCGUGGGGCUGAUAGCGUGGCCGUUGUAUGCGGAGCAGAAGAUGAACAAGGUGGUGCUGGUGGAUGAGAUGAAGCUGGCGGUAGAGUUGAAGGGUUAUGAUAAGGGAAAAGUGGCUGCGGAGGAGGUAGAGAAUCGCCUGAGGUGGCUCAUGCAGUCCGACGGUGGGGCUGAGUUGAGGAACCGUGCUAAGGAGAUGAAGGACCAUGCCAUGGCUGCCCUCAGUGAUGGCGGGUCAUCACAUGCUGCCGUGCUGGAGUUGGUUUCUCUGUGGAAAAAACAGCGUUGAUGACGUUGAUUUUUCGAAUCUUGAGGUCAUAGAAGUCCGCUUGACUCUAUGUGAUGUAUGCUUCGGUUUUUUGUGCAAGUUAUAUGCAUGGAACUUAUAGACUUAUAGUACAAGAAAAAAUAAAUCUUCAUGUUAAUGCAGGGAUUAUUAGCGUCAAAUACAAUGGACUUAGAUGUGAUCAACCUCAAAAUUAAGUACUGAAGUGAUGUUUCUUUUCUUGGAA